AUGCUGAGGAACAUAUACGGUUCACUGAAUUACAACGUGCUGAACAACGUGGAGGAAGACGAGGUUAAGAAGUAUUUGACGAAAAUUGCGCAUGUGUCCCAGAUGAGUGUGUUUAAGAAGUACCUGGAGAGGGUGCUGAUCGAGGACAUGAAGUACACCAAGGAGAUUUGUUCGCUCAUGUAG